CAAAACUCACCAGUCAUGAUUGUGCACCUGUCAAGAAUCAAUAUACUUCAACGAACACCAAAAAAAAUUAGCUCAAAAUCAUCUUCCGCUAUAAUGCCCCUCUUUUCCUCUGUAUUCAAUCAUCAUAAUUCCAACAAUCAAAAUGAUAAUGAUGAAGAUGAAAUUGCCUCGGCACUGAUGAGAACAAAAAUCAACACUCCUUCAUCCUCACAACCAUCAACUCCGUCAGAGAAUGGCACAUCGACCACUCCUAGAAAGGGUCAGUCACCUGCAACACCUAGAACACCAAGGGAUAAUGGUAAAUUUGAUAUGGAUAAUAAUAUUGUGAGCUUGGCAAGAAUAUUUAAUAUUGAACUUUGUCAUACGGAACAUGAUAAUCAGAAAUUUGAAAGAGAUUUGAUGAGAAUGUUAAAGGUUAUUUCAAUCGUGGUUGUGAAAAAGAAACAAGUGGCUCUGAAUAGUAGUUUAAUUGGAUAUGAUUCUGCAGUGGAUUUGUUAGCUGUUAAUGAUCAACCAAAUGAGUUUGAGGAAAUUCAGUGGAAAUCAACAGAUAAGAUCACUGUUCAACUCUUUGUUGAUUUUAUAAAUGGAAUUGGUAAAUUAUUUAAUGGACAUGAUGAGAAUAUUGAUUUACCAACUUCAUUUACGGAGGAACAAUUCUUUGAAAUGGUCGGAAGAAAUAAGAGAUCUGAAACUGAUAAUGAUUUGGAUGAAAAUGAAAUGAAAACAGUAUUUAAAAAGCUCUAUAGUGAAAAACAUCCAGAAGUGAUUAGAUAUUUGAGUGGAAUAGCUCAAUUGGUUGUAGUUUCAACUCUAGGCAAACUUGCAUCUGGAAUUAUUGCCACAAAAGCUCCACUUCAACCAAAGGAUGUCAGAGGAUCAUGGACAGUUCAAUUCAGAAGGUAUGAGCAAGAGGCCGAUGACGAUGAUUGUGCAUUUGGAAUUCUACAUGAAAGAACUGAUUGUAUCAUGAAGAAGGAAAGUGCAGCAAUCAUGAAACCAAUGUACAAUUUCAAAUGGCAAGUUGAAAUCAAAUUCAAAACUAGGGAAAUUCUUGAUGUUCAAGCAGUUCAUGUGAGAUUGGUGGGUAUUGAAUGGAUUUGUGAUCCAUUAUUGAAAGUACCUGAAUCUGAAAAGGAAGAAUUCAUUGCCUCAUGCAAAAAGUUUUUCUCUGUGGAAAAAGCUGCCCUGCCAAACCAUCAACAUGACAACUGUCCUCUCAUUCCUUCUGGAAAAGCUCUUAUCGAAUGUGUUUGCCAUGAUGUUCUGUUAGCCCUCGUAUCCUACACACCACCAACUCCAUCAACACCAUCCAGCCAAGCCAUCUCAACCUCAUCACUUAAACCAAAAAAGAACAAACAUGAAUUGUCCUGGCUAAAGAAACUCCUUCUCAAUUCAACCUCUGAUUCUGAUGAAAUAUUUGCAGCACUCUCCAAGAAGAGUUCUUCCAAUAUAGCAGAAAUGAAACACUAAUUGUAAAUAUAUUGAAUUCAAUUUUUAAAUUCCAAUAAAUUCUUGU